AUGGACGCGUUUGUGUCCCGCAAAAGGAGACGGGUUGAUGGGUUGCAGGCAUAUACAGUACCACUAAAUCUCACACCUGUCCAUGAAGCGCCACCUGUAGAGGAGGAAUCCACAGACUUCAAAUUGGCUUUAUUGGCAUCCCUCUAUCCGAACUUAGAUGGAGCAACUCUACUUGAAGCCCUUCUCGUCUCUGACGGCUCAGUUGAGCAAGCGUCAGAAUGCCUUACGGGAAGGCAACUUAAACCCCCGCGCAAGCGACCUGCAGCCGCAAUAGGAUAUCAAUCAUCACUAACUUCGUUCCGCAUAACAACCCAAAGUGGAGGACCGGCGAAGAGGCCCAUGGUCAAGAAGGGUGCUACACUGCAUUUGUACAGCCCAGAAGAUAUCGAAGCACACACUCCAUGUUCGAUCAUACACAAUUUCUUGCCACCCAAGCAAGCCGACGCGCUGCUGUUACAGCUACUUGAAGAUGCACCUACCUACCAAAAGUUAGAGUUCAAACUUUUUGACAGAGUUGUUUGGAGUCCUCACACAUUCUGCUUUUACGUCAACAGCCUGGCAGAAGCCGAAGAACAGAAGGCCGAGUACAUCUAUGAUGGACGCAAGGUGGAGGAUGUCCGCCAGAGCCUGCCAGAGAUGCUCAACGCUUGCCCACAAGUCGAAGAAGCUGUGAAUCGCGAAAUCCAACGGAGAAUCCAGGACUUCUAUCCGAACGGCAAGAAACUGAAGUAUCAGUCUCCUCAUCCCUGGAAAGCCAACACUGCCUUUGUAAAUUGCUACGACGGGCCUCAGGAAAACGUAGGAUACCACGCCGACCAGCUCACCUACCUGGGCCCCCGAGCAGUUAUCGGCAGUCUAAGUCUCGGUGUUGCUCGUGAGUUCCGCGUGCGCAGAAUCGUAGCAGAAGGCGACGAAUAUCGCAAAGCAGACGGGAGCCUGGCAGACGCACAGGGCCAGAUAUCCAUCCACCUACCACACAAUUCACUCCUGAUCAUGCACGCUGAGAUGCAGGAGGAAUGGAAGCACUCCAUUGCCCCGGCGCAAGCUAUUGAUCCGCACCCUUUGGCGAAAAGCAAGCGGCUCAACAUCACGUACCGGUUCUAUAAGGAUAAUCUGCACCCAAAGUUUACACCUAUGUGCCAUUGUAAGGUUCCAACGGUGCUCAGGUGUGCGACCAGGAAAAAGGAGUCGAGAGGCAGGUAUAUGUGGAUGUGUCAUACGAACUAUGUUCCAGGUCAGGAUGGGUGCUCAUUCUUUCAAUGGGCGGAGUUCGAUGACGAUGGAGAGCCGCCAUGGGCAGAGAAGGUCAAACUUGAUGUGGGACAAAAGGAAGACCCAGCAGUGUCGACGAGUGACCAAGCCAAGAAGUGA